CUUGAGCCCUGUGGUCAUUUCAGCAGUUCCUGGGUUCCAGUCAGUGACAGCUGCCCUGCAGAGCCCCCGUACUCAGGGAAGAUGACUCUCACCAAGAGGAUGAGCCCAAGUCAUACCGUGACUUGCCAGAAAAUAUGAACUUUGAGGAAGCUGUUCAGCUAGUGGGAUGGAUAACAGGGUCCCUGGUGCAACCAGCAAUGGAAAGACAAUACCAACUUAUUCAGUCGUGGAAAAGGAGAAAGAAGAGGAAGAAGAGGAGGGCACACUAGAGCGGGGUCACUGGAACAACAAGUUGGAAUAUGUGUUGUCUGUAGCAGGGGAAAUCAUUGGGCUGGGCAAUGUCUGGAGGUUCCCUUAUCUCUGCUACAAGAAUGGGGGAGGUGCCUUUUUCAUACCCUACCUCAUCUUCCUCUUCACCUGUGGCAUUCCUGUUUUCCUCCUGGAGACAGCACUGGGUCAGUAUACCAGCCAAGGGGGCGUCACAGCCUGGAGAAAGAUCUGCCCCAUCUUCGAGGGCAUUGGUUAUGCCUCCCAGGUGAUUGUCAUCCUCCUCAACUUCUACUACAUCAUCGUUCUGGCCUGGGCAUUCUUCUAUCUCUUCAGCUCCUUCACCAUCGACCUUCCCUGGGGCAGCUGUGACCACGAGUGGAACACUGAACACUGUGUGGAGUUUCAGAGGACCAAUGGCUCCCUGAACGUGACAGCUGAGAAUGCCACCUCCCCUGUCAUUGAGUUUUGGGAGAGGCGGGUCCUGAAAAUCUCUGAAGGGAUCCAGCACCUGGGGAGCCUGCGUUGGGAGCUGGCCCUGUGCCUCCUGCUCGCCUGGAUUAUAUGCUACUUCUGCAUCUGGAAAGGAGUCAAGUCCACAGGCAAAGUGGUAUACUUCACAGCCACAUUUCCAUACCUCAUGCUGGUGGUCCUGUUAAUCCGAGGAGUGUCUCUGCCUGGUGCUGCCCAGGGCAUCCAGUUCUACCUGUACCCAGAUCUCACCCGUCUCUGGGAUCCCCAGGUGUGGAUGGAUGCCGGCACCCAGAUCUUCUUCUCUUAUGCCAUCUGUCUGGGGUGUCUGACAGCCUUGGGCAGCUACAAUAAAUACCACAACAACUGUUACAGGGACUGCAUCUCACUAUGCUUCCUGAAUAGUGGCACCAGCUUUGUGGCUGGUUUUGCUAUCUUCUCCAUUCUGGGCUUCAUGUCUCAGGAGCAGGGGGUGCCCAUAUCCGAGGUGGCAGAGUCAGGUCCUGGAUUGGCUUUCAUUGCAUACCCCAGGGCUGUGGUGAUGUUACCUUUCUCUCCUCUUUGGGCCUGUUGUUUCUUCCUCAUGGUUGUGCUGCUUGGGCUGGAUAGCCAGUUUGUAUGUGUGGAGAGCCUGGUGACGGCCUUGGUGGACAUGUACCCCAACAUCCUUCGAAAGAAGAACAGACGGGAAACUCUUAUUCUGGCAAUUUCUGUCCUCUCCUACCUCAUUGGACUGAUUAUGCUCACUGAGGGUGGAAUGUAUGUGUUUCAGCUAUUUGACUACUAUGCGGCCAGUGGCAUGUGCCUAUUAUUUGUAGCCAUCUUUGAGACACUCUGUGUGGCCUGGGUAUAUGGAGCUGAGAGAUUCUAUGAUAACAUUGAAGAUAUGAUUGGCUAUCGGCCAUGGCCUGUUAUCAAAUAUUGCUGGAUAUUUCUCACACCAGCUGUAUGCACAGCCACUUUCCUUUUCUCUUUGGCCAAGUACACCCCGCUGACCUACAACAAGAAGUACACUUAUCCAUGGUGGGGUGAUGCUCUGGGCUGGCUCCUGGCACUCUCUUCCAUGGUCUGCAUCCCUGCCUGGAGUGGUUACAAGCUGAUAACUCUCAAAGGCUCCCUGAGGGAGAGAGUCCGCCAGCUCAUAUGCCCAGAAGAGGAUCUGCCCCAGCGGCUAUGUACAGCACCCCCCACUCCCUCCACUACUCGGGCAGCACUUCUUAGGCUCACAGAAAUUGAGUCUAACUGUUAGAGGUCAACUUAGACUGUAACCUGAAACCCACUGAUGGUUUUCCAAAGUCCUGUGUAUUCAGUUCCUUUCCCUAUCCUAGAUAUGGCUGCAGAGCUGAGCAGGAAAGAUGGUUGUGCCUUUUUGGAGGAAGGGGUUUUCUACCCACACCCAGUCCCACCUCACCCCAGAAUCAUAGAAAAAAAUACUAGGGAGUGUCCCGCACUAUUCCUUCUGUGCCGGAGGUCUCCUGACCCUAAGUUCAUGCUAGGUGGGAGAGGAAGAAACUGAGCACAAAUUAAGACUUCAGUUACUUGAGAGAGGGGAAUCUUUUUGGGGAGGAGAGUGGGUUGGGGUGGAGAGAGAUUUUUUUUUUAAAUAGGCCAUCUCCAUUCCAUUAAAUCUACAUUUUCCACACUGGUUCUCCUGCAAAAGCUUAGCCUUGUCUCUGUUUCUUUGUCCUUCCAACCUGUUUCUCUGAUUUCCUUGCUUCAUGAUGCUGUCUCUUUCCUUCUUCCUCCAUUCCCCCUACUUCAUGGAACUUGUAGGAAUAGGAGGGAGCUAUUCAGGGUUUAUGAGGUCUCACAGCCCCCAUGAUCUUCACCACAAAACAAGAGUUAAGUAGUUCUGUUAUCUCUCCUUUAUGCAUUAACACUACCUAUGCAUCACAUCUACCCUGAAAUUUCAGAGUACUUCCUUUUCUUUGAUUCCCUCCUUUCUUCUUAAGAGCUAAAAAAAAUCCUGGGGACACAAAGAAUUUCUAAAGACAUAGCCUGUGUCCUGGAGGGAUUUUUAAUCUAGUUGGGGAGAUGUGAUAAAUGCUUCAGACUGAAGUCAGAAUGACACAGGAGGAAAAUCCCUAUAGACCUGGGUUCCUGCCUCAGUCACUCUUGCAUGUCCUUCUAUCCUGCCCUAGCUCCUUUCAUCCCCUUCCCUUCCCUUAGUUUUCCUUCAUGGAGCCUUGUUGAGUGAGAUAUACAGAGUUUAUGAGGUUUCACAGUUCCCAUGAUCAGAUUAGGUAGAAAAAUGGAUAGAUGGAAGGACACCAAUUGGAGUAUUCCAUCACCAAAUUCUUGGGCCAAAUGAAACCAUCUUCUCUUCUCUCUAACCUUCCCUUAAAGUCUCCUUAUUCUUUUGACAUAAAAAGGCUCUGGUGGUAGGUGCAGUGAGAAGGAUUACUGGGAAAGUGAAGGGUUGAUCCUUAUGCACAGAAGGAAAAAAGAAAGGCAGACUGACUUUCUCUGCCCUUUUUUUAUACCUUCCAUUAAUAUUUGCCAAGUGCCUACUCUGCCCUAUGGAGGCAACAGCUCAGAAUCAGAUGGGACUUCAGGGCAUCAAGUCCAACUUUCUAUAUAACAUUCCUAAUAAGUGGUUAUACACCCUUCUCUUGAAGACCUCUACUGAGGGGCAACCUGAUUCCCCACCCUCAAGACCUUGAUGCUCUUUUCCUCAAAUAUUUUUAGAGCACUUUGCUUGGUGUUUCUUACCAUUUUUGAUCUUCGCCUUUUAUUUUGCUUAUCUAUAUAUCUAUAAUGUUUAGUGCCCUAUGUGGUGGACUCUUUGAGGGGAAGUUCUUUGUUUGUUUGUAAUCUGGGCCUUGACACAAGAGAAGGAAUUAGAUUAAGAAGAGAUAGUAGGGCAUUUUGGGUAGAAGGAGUGGAGAUGAAGAAAGUUGUGCCCAAGGGCAGAAAUGGGUAUUUCAGAUUUUAGUAUUAUGGAAUCACAGAGAUAGAUUUGGUAGUAAUGAAGGAUAGAGUUGAAGAGAUAAUUUCCUGUCCUGCUCCUCUUUUUUCUUUCUUGCCACUUUUUGCCAUUCAGCUCAUCCUUGGUUAUGGGUUGUUGCUGGUGGGGAUGAGUAUAAUUGAAAUCCAUAUAUCUUAUGUUGGUUGGUCAUCGUUUUAAAUGGUUUUUAAUGGUUUUAAACUCCUCUUUUCAACCAUAUAGUUUGCUGGAGAUGAUCUCAGGGAAUACAAAUGAUUCUCUUCCCUAUUCCUCCCCAGCCUUUUAGGUGGGCUGCAGAGUAGAGUCCUAACAGGGAGUGGAAAAUAUUCUACACAGAUAGUAAGCAGUAAGAAACUGAGAUAAGAGAAUCCCAUAUUCUCCCUAAUCUACACACUGGAGCAUCAGCCCUAGGACCAUUAAGAGUUGGCUAUAUCUGCAGGCAUUAUACUUUCAACUCUUCUGCCUUUUAACCCCUUUCUUGAUCUGUCUCCUUCAGACCUCACAAGAAUAACAAUUUACUGAGCAGGUUUACAAUCAUCAACCUCAGGUUGCCAAUCUUUCUUGGCCUUCCUGUUCCCAAGUGAUCCCUCUCUGCCUUAGGAAAGAAGGACUGUGGCAAUGAUGCUACAGGCACAAAUGUGAGAAAAAAAACCAGCUUGGAAUCUUGGGAGCCAAUAGCAGUAUCCAAGCUCCACCAGCAGUGGUCCUCAUCUUCCCAGGGCCUGCUUUCUUUUUUCAGUGACCAGUUGUCACGAUCAGAUAUAGCCACAAGGGGGUGGCACUGCUGUAGACAAAGCCUUACUUGAAUUUCAGCACCUGGAGGGGAUGGUUAAAUUUGGUACAUUGCUUAUGUGUCUAUGGAAAAGGGUUGAAUCCUGCUGGACAAAGCUGGGUUUAAGUUUGAAUGCAAAACUACACGUGACAGGGACCAUCCUUCUCUACUGCUGGCCAGAGUCCUACCCUAGCAGAACCCUCUGGUGUGUGCUUCAACUCCUUUUCCCAGAACUCAUGGGUGUAGGAUCAGAGCUUCCUGAAGACCACUUCUUUUCAUAGGUGGAGAAUUACAGAAUACCGGACAUGGAAGACACCUUAGAGAUCAUUCAGUAUAAUCCUAUCAUUUUGGAAAAAAAAGAUAUGGAUGCUUUCUGCUUUUUUUAUCUUGGGCAUUUCCCAAUACCCCCUCCCUUUUCCCCCAAUGAACCCUCUGUUGUGACAAAGAAAAAAUGAAGUAAAACUGACUGAUAGGUGCAUAUGCAAUACUAUCCCUAUAGAGGCCCUCUUCCCCUUUCUAUUGAGAGAAGGGAAGUAUGUAUCUUCUUUUUUCCAAGCCCAAGACACGGUUAUUUCAAUGAAUUUGAGUUAAAUUGCCUUUUAGCAUUGUUUUUGAUUACAUUAUUGUAGUCAUUGUA